AAAUGUAAGAGUGGCCUAAGAAAUUGUUUUUAGCAAUAGCAUUCAUAUCAUGUUUUACUUGUUAUGCUCGACCAGAUUAUAAUUUACCUCUUUUUGCAUUCGCAUAUCUCCUAUGGGACAUCGAUAGACCAGUAAAUUAUGUAGGAAAAUCAAAUAGGUUUCGCAAAAGAUUAGAUUGAUAUACUUAUUCGUAUACUCUUGGAUUAUUGAUUUUGUUUGGUUGGUAUAUUGGGGUCCAUUUUGGAAUUCGUCAACAUUUUCGCAUAAUUGGGCGGAUGGAAUUCAAACAUUUGUGUUAGUAUUGUCGGUUAUCAACUUCAUCAUUAAGGUAGGAUAUUGGGUUAAAAUUGUAAGUUAGGUACGAUAGUGGUGUGCAUAUUGGCAGAGAAGGAGUGCAAGGAUGCGUUGCACCCAGAGAAUGCGAUGGCUCAUGCAAAGAAUAUUUUUAAUAGCGAGGGUUAGCAUUAAUGAA